UAACUUAUUCGAUACAAAUACCGAUUACAGUUUCUACCUCAACCCUUCUUUCUAUAAUAUAUGUAGCUGCUAAUCUAACUAUCAGUAAGAUUCCACUUUUAAAAAAUUUUCAAUUUGUUUAGCGCAAACAAGGUAUUAUUCUAUCAUUAUUGCAAUUCAAAAUGGCAAAUCAGCCCACAAGUAUGGAACCAGGUUCAACAAUAACAGAAACUAUUGAAGAAAGUGAUGGUUCUCAAAAAUGCGAGGCUUCCGAAGGCGUACCCACAUUACAAUUGCGUUUGGAACCGCCUAGAGAUGAUCGGCGAGUGGUUUUCCAUGAAGGUGUGUUAGAUAACGAGCAUAUGAAUCGGAAGAAAUCCAAGUGCUGUUGCAUCUACAAAAAACCGUUGGCUUUUGGCGAAAGUUCUUCGGAAGAGGAUGACGAGUGCGAGCAUUGCUUUGGUCACCCCGAAAAACGUCAAAAAAACAAGAAGAAACUUCAAAGCUCUGUAUCACGUCCAUCUACUGAACAUUUUGAUGAACCUUCUACAUCCUCUGAGGCCCAAUCGCAGCUAAGCCAAAAUAAUAUACGUGAAACAAUCGAUAAAGUACUGCCACCAGGCUUUAAGAAAUCUGUGGAACCAUUGCUAUAGCCGAAAAAUUUAAUACACUUGCGAAUAAAUGAACAUUACCAACAUGAAAUAA